CAACCACGUUUUCUUCGAACUCUUCGACAUUCGAGUGAAGUUUGCCGGUAGUGAGUCAGCAACCAGCAAAAACUAAACAAAUUCYAUUACCAAAUGCCACCAAAACUUAAAUUUGCCGAAGGAGAACGCGUGUUAUGUUUUCAUGGACCUUUGAUAUAUGAAGCCAAGUGUAUGAAGGGCCAAGUAAAGGAAAAAACACCUCGCUAUUUGAUUCAUUACAACGGCUGGAACAAAAAUUGGGAUGAGUGGGUACCGGAGAGCCGAGUUCUAAAAUUCAACGAAGCCAAUCUACAAAAACAGAGGGAACUUAGAGAGCAAAUUAAAAGUAAAAGAGCUAGAAGAAAGCAAGACAAAAGUGGAAAUCUGGCAAGUGAUUCCGAGAAAAGUACAAAACGUGAAGAUGUACAUAGCUCAGGGCCAACAAGAAGAAAACGUGCAAGACUAAAUAAUGUAGAAAAUGACGAAAAUGAUGUUUCUCGAUUGGAUGUGAAGAUAUUGAUACCAGAUGAUUUGAAGCAGUGGCUUGUGGAUGAUUGGGAUUUGAUAACACGUCAAAAACAGCUUGUUCCAUUACCAAGGAAAAAGACUGUCGCUGAUAUUUUAGAUGAAUAUGCUAAAUAUAGGGCCAAGAAUCCAAAUGGUGUAAAACCAGGAGUUGCUCAAGAAGUAGUAGAUGGUGUUCAAGAAUAUUUCAAUGUUAUGCUUGGAACUCAGCUUCUAUAUAAAUUUGAACGUCCCCAGUAUGGUGAUUUGUUAGCUGAAAACCCCAACUUACCAAUGUCUCAAAUUUAUGGAUCAGAACACUUGCUAAGGUUGUUUGUAAAGCUUGGCAAUGCUAUAUCUUAUUCCAACUUAGAAGAUAAGAGUAUACGGUUUAUAGUAGGACAUGUUCACGAUUGUUUAGAAUACCUGGCAGCCAAUGCAGAUAGUUUGUUUUCAACUGACUAUGAAACAGCUCCUCCAGAAUAUCACCGCAGGGCAGCUACUUAGAAACACAACAAUAUCUACUUAGACCACAUGUUAUCUGGUAGUUUUAUAUGCUUUAUCAAUACAACGAUUGGACAGAGAUAGCUCAGACAAUGUACAUUUAGUUUUUGAAUUCUUUGAGGCACUUUGCAGGACCGGGAGCUCCAGUUUUGGCUUUUAAUAUAUUGUCUGAUUCCAAAAUAUGCUUYGCUUUUCACACAUAAAGGUUUUAUUGUGAGACUUCAUGUAUAAUGCUUGGUGAUUCAUAAAAGAAGGAAAAAAUUAAUUUAAUUUAACCUGUAGUCUCUUACGCAAACCUAUCAAUCGAAGCAUAUUCUUGGAAGUGGGCUACUUAUAACCUGUGGUUAUGGAUGUUUUUUGUUUGUUUUAUACCAUUUGCAAGUAAUGCAUAAUUAAAGGAAAUACAUGUGCAGUAUUGAUUUGUAAUAUUUUUCAUUAAACCAAGUGCAGACUUUGUACCA